AGGUGAUUGGGUGACAAGAACACGAUCAGCAUCCGCGUAUACAGAGAUGCUCCUGCAUAGCAAAACUCGAUAGGGUAUUUAUGUACCUAUUUAAAAAAAUCUAAAGGGUCUACAAAUAUGAAAUGUUGUAGACCUACACACACAGUUUAAUAUCUGAAAAAGUUAAUGUUAACUUAAGCUACAGUCAAGUGUUCAGUAUAACAUACAUUAUUGGUUUAAUUCUAGAUUUGAAGCUUUCGUGACUGCAAGGAUUCAUACUCUUUGUUUUUUUCGGUAUAGUCACGUAGGUGUAAAAAAAAGAUUUAAUUGAGUUUUCAUUUUUUUUAACCUACGUGACUUUACCUAAAAAAAAACGACGAGUAUUAGUGGUUUACUUAUUUGGCACGAGGCGCGCGCAGGGUUCGGUCUGGUGGCCCCAGGCCAUGGGCGCUGGGUCCUCCAAGCCGCGUGGCGGCAGCAAGCGGGUGGUGCGCGACCGCAUGUGGGAGGCGCACAAGGGUGGCGUUUGCUGCGCCAGCGUGAGCGACGACGGCGAGCUGUUGCUGACGGGCGGCGAGGAUGCGCGCGCCGCACUGUGGAGCACGCGCACCCUCGCUGCGCUCGCCGUGCUCGAGGGCCACGAGGCGUACGUGACGGACUGCGCGCUCGCGCCCGACACCUCCCGCGCCUUCACGUGCAGCGCCGACUUCGCCGUGCGCGUGUGGCAGAUCGAUGGCGGCGGCGGCGGAGCGCUGAGCGUUAGCUGCGCCCACGUCCUGCACGGCCACACGGCCCGCGUGAACCGCUUGCUGGUGCACGCGGGACGCUCGGUCUACAGCACGUCUGCCGACCGCACGGUGCGCCGCUGGGACGCGGCGGACGGAAGCUGUCUCGCCGUCUGCGAGGGUCACACGGGCAACGUGCUGCCCCUGGCGCUCUACCUGCCGGAGGGCGGCCCGGACAACGCCGACGAGGUGCCCGGACAGGCGGUGCUGGCGGCUGGCAGCAUGGACGGCACGGUGCGGCUGUGGGACGAGACUGGCACGGCGCUGCACUGCCUCGAGGGACACGCUGGCCCCGUUCUGUGCCUCGCUGUGCUGCAAAACCGAGCCGCCCUCUUCUCGGGCAGCGCGGAUGGCACGGUGCGCCGCUGGGACGUGCUCACGGGGGAGGCCGUGUCUGAGUUCAUUGAAAAUCUGGGCAGCGUCAUCUGCAUGCAGGUGGCAGGGCGUUACCUGUAUGCAGGUGGCAAGGAUGGCAUCGCGCGGCGCUGGGAAACGCGAUCGCAGAUCUGCGCACGCAGCUAUCAGGCGCACACGCGCGCCGUGAGUGCGCUCGUGGUUCAUCGCAAUGUCCUGUUCACAGGGAGUGGAGAUGGGAGCGCCUGCUCCUACAACGCUCAAACAGGGGAGGUCAUGAGGACCUUCAAGGGCCAUAACCACAUUGUCAACUGCAUGAAGGUAGCAGGGGACACACUCUUCACAGGAUCGCAAGAUGGAAGCAUGCGGGCAUGGAGUCUGCAACGGGUUUUUGCAGAUGCACAGGACAAGCAAGCUGAUCAAAAUAACGACGUGGCAGAUCAGUCGGAGAAUAACCCAGAUGAAGGGAAGGUUGUGGAUGAGGUGAACGAGUUAAAGGAAGAUGGAGAGAAUGCAGAAAACGUGUCAGGCGACGUGGCAGAUAAGUCGGAGCGUACACCGGAAGAAAAGGAUGCAGAUGAGGUGAAUGAGUCAAAGGAAGACAACACCAAUAAUUAAUCAGACAGACGAAAGCAAGGAAGGAUGAGGCUAAUUCAGGAGCAGACCUUAAGACGAGAUGCAGGCAGUCGUAUGGUGAAGCUCAUACUCUUAUAUAAGCACGCAACUUUAUCUGUGAUGAACGCUAUCACUUUCCGUCGUUUUCACGCAGGGGGCGCUGCAAAUCUACGCGCCCCCUGCAUGAACGACGGAGGCGCAGGGACAGACGAUCGAUCACGUCGGUAUCG